AUGGAUGGAAAACUACAAAUUCUACAGCUCUGUCUGAUGUUGCACGAGGCAAGACUGCACGAGGCAAGACUGCACGAGGCAAGACUGCACGAGGCAAGACUGCACGAGGCAAGACUGCACGAGGCAAGACUGCACGAGGCAAGACUGCACGAGGCAAGACUGCACGAGGCAAGACUGCACGAGGCAAGACUGCACGAGGCAAGACUGCACGAGGCAAGACUGCACGAGGCAAGACUGCACGAGGCAAGACUGCACGAGGCAAGACUGCACGAGGCAAGACUGCACGAGGCAAGACUGCACGAGGCAAGACUGCACGAGGCAAGACUGCACGAGGCAAGACUGCACGAGGCAAGACUGCACGAGGCAAGACUGCACGAGGCAAGACUGCACGAGGCAAGACUGCACGAGGCAAGACUGCACGAGGCAAGACUGCACGAGGCAAGACUGCACGAGGCAAGACUGCACGAGGCAAGACUGCACGAGGCAAGACUGCACGAGGCAAGACUGCACGAGGCAAGACUGCACGAGGCAAGACUGCACGAGGCAAGACUGCACGAGCAACACUUGGGUAUCAAGCAAGCAAUGACAUAUAACUUUUUGCUGUGA